AUGCCCGAAAGCCCCAGCGACAAGAAAGAGCGCAAAGCUCGUUUGAAGGAAGAAGCGAAAGAACUGGGCAUUAGUUACGAUGAGAUGAAACGUCGGCACAAGAGCCGCAAGCGUGAAGCGGAAGCCUUGGAAUCGUCGGAACACAAAGUCGAAGCGCAGCGCAUGAGGAGUUGGUCCAAGGGAGAUGAAAAUGAUGGCGACGCCUCUAAUAACCCCAGCAACUCUACUAGCACUACUCCGACGGAGGAACCAUCGGCCAAACGCCGUCGUACCCGAUCCAUGGACGCGGCCGAAGAAAAGGCAGCAUUGGCAGAACAAGCCAAGAGUACCAAUCCUGAUGAAUGGCGCAAGGAACACAGCAUUACGGUACAAGGUCACGGGAGCCAUCGUGGAACUACGGAAAUUGCCACUCCUUUUUUUACGUUUGAUCAAACACCGUUUCAUGCCAAUAUUCAACGUUCCUUUCAACAAGCGGGAUUUGAACGUCCGUCCGCCAUUCAAGCACAAGCAUGGCCCAUUGCCAUUCAACAAACCGAUAUGAUUUGCAUUGCCAAGACGGGAUCGGGAAAAACCUGUGGAUUCUUGUUGCCGGCGUUUCAUCAACAGUUGCAACUCAGCGAUGGGAAAACCACCGAAUCCUCGUCGCGGUGGUCCUCCCGUCAAACCCGUGCUACUCGUGCUGGCACCCACACGCGAAUUAUUCAAGCACUGGAACGGGGUGUCGAAGUCGUCAUUGCCACACCCGGGCGUCUCAAUGAUUUGUUGGAAAUGAGGAAAGCAGAUCUCAGUCACAUCAAGUAUUUGGUCUUGGAUGAAGCUGAUCGAAUGCUCGAUAUGGGAUUCGAGCCACAGAUUCGCUCCAUUAUUGAAAAAGAUUCCCACGGAACGACAGACCAUUGCUCUUUUUGCCACUUGCACGAGAAAUUCAAGAUUGGCACAUGA